AUGCAGCAGAAUUGCACAGAGGCUGUGGCGGGCGUGCUCUCUCACUGCCUGGGCUUCUGUGGAAUGAGACUCGGGCUCUUCCUCUGUGCAGGGCGCUGGCGCAGUGCAAGUGUGUGGCCACAAGAGUUUGAUGGUGACAGUGCCUACGUGGGGAUGAGUGACGGAAACCCGGAGCUCCUAGCAACCAGCAAGACCUACAACAGCCAGAACGAGAGCAACGAAGAUUAUGAAAUCCCCCCGAUAACACCUCCCAACCUUCCUGAGCCAUCCCUCCUGCACCUGGGAGACCACGAAGCCAGCUACCACUCCCUGUGCCACGGCCUCACACCCAACGGACUACUCCCUGCCUACCCUUACCAGGCCAUGGACCUCCCAGCCAUCAUGGUGUCCAAUAUGCUGGCCCAGGACAGUCACCUGCUCUCAGGCCAGCUGCCCACGAUCCAGGAGAUGGUUCACUCAGAGGUGGCAGCCUAUGACUCAGGCCGGGCAGGGCCCCUGCUGGGCCGUCCCGCCAUGCUGGCCAGCCACAUGAGCGCCCUCAGCCAGUCACAGCUCAUUUCACAGAUGGGCCUCCGGAGCAGCAUCCCCCACAGCUCCCCAUCUCCCCCUGGGAGCAAGUCUGCUACUCCAUCUCCCUCCAGCUCCACUCAGGAGGAGGACUCAGAAGCUCAUUUCAAGAUCUCUGGAGAGAAGAGACCCUCCACAGACCCAGGAAAAAAGGCCAAGAACCCAAAGAAGAAGAAGAAGAAGGACCCCAAUGAGCCCCAGAAGCCUGUGUCAGCUUAUGCCCUCUUCUUCAGAGACACGCAGGCUGCUAUCAAGGGGCAGAACCCCAGCGCCACCUUUGGGGAUGUGUCCAAGAUUGUGGCAUCCAUGUGGGACAGCUUAGGAGAGGAGCAGAAGCAGGCCUACAAAAGGAAGACAGAAGCGGCCAAGAAGGAGUACCUGAAGGCGCUGGCUGCCUACAGGGCCAGUCUGGUCUCCAAGAGUUCUCCAGAACAAGGGGAGACCAUGAAUGCCCAGGCCAACCCACCUGCCAAGAUGCUUCCCCCGAAGCAGCCUGUGUAUGCCAUGCCAGGCCUGGCCUCCUUCCUGACACCAUCUGACCUGCAGGCCUUCCGCAGUGGGGCCUCUCCAGCCAGUCUUGCCCGGACCCUGGGCUCCAAGUCACUGCUGCAGGGCCUCAGUGCCUCCCCGCCGCCACCCUCUUUCCCUCUCAGCCCCCCGCUGCACCAGCAGCUACCCCUGCCCCCCCAUGCGCAGGGCGCCCUCCUUAGCCCUCCUGUUAGCAUGUCCCCUGCCCCCCAACCCCCAGUCCUACCUGCUCCUAUGGCACUCCAGGUGCAGCUGGCAAUGAGCCCUUCACCUCCAGGGCCCCAGGACUUUCCUCACAUCUCGGAGUUCCCCAGCAGCUCGGGGGCCCGCUCUCCUGGCCCAGCCAACCCCACAAGCAGUGGAGACUGGGACAGCAGCUACCCCAGUGGGGAGUGUGGCGUCAGCACCUGCAGCCUGCUCCCCAGGGAUAAAUCGCUCUACCUCACCUAAGCUGGCCGCCUCUCGGCCCUGAGGCUUGUGGGAAGGGCACUGCUCAGAGCCGAAACUCACCGGAGGAACAGACCCUGGCAGGAGGCAGAAGGGUGCCUGAGACGAGAGUGUGGGUCAACCAGUGCCCGGGAUGGAAUCUCCAGCAACCCUGGACUCUGCAGAGGCCGCCCACCGCCAGCCCAGAGAACCUGCAGAAAAUAUCUGCCCCACCGCUUGCUCCAGGCUUCCAGUGUCACCCUGCAUCUCAUCCUGCACACUGUCCCCUAAGUCUGGAUGCCUGGCCUCAGCCCCAGCUCUUGGGGGCCAUCCCAAGAGGGGCUACUUAACCCACUGAACAUGUCCCCCCUCCCAGCCCAUAGUCAGGGGCCCUCAGAGUCAGGCACAGACACACCCGGUUCAGUGUGAACAGAGAUGGUGAGACCACCCACCCACUGGCUGUGUGUGCGUAGUUGACUAAGUGUUUUAGACCUGUGCUGAAGAUUAUUUUGUGGGGGGGGAGAAAGUAGUUUCCUUAACAGUGAAAGGCAUUUUCUAUGACCCUUAGCACCUGUUUCGUUUUUGUUUAUUUUUGUUUGUUUUUAAAGUGUGAUCUGAUAAUCUGAUGGGAGUCAGGUCCCUGGCUUCCCCAGCCCCAUGUCUCUCUCUUUCAAAUGGCCAAGAAGAACUUUGGUCUGUAGAGAAGGAAUCAUGGGGGAUUGGGGAUGGGCUGCCU